AUGGGGGUCCAGGGGGUGGUGCUGAGGAUGCUGGGCAUUCUGGGGCUGGCUCUGGGGGAUCCCUCUGCUCUCCACUGGGACAGCACCUCCUGUCAUUUGGCUGGACCUGUGCCUGGUGGUCCGCUGGGGUUCCUGAGCUUCCUGGGCAAGGAUGCCCUGGGACUGGCCCUGUUCCAUACCCGGUGGGAUGAGCGAGGGAGGCUGCAGGCGUGUAACCGGCUGGAUCAUCCCAAGCUCAUCAGAGUCUUCCACGACCUCUGUGCAAAUGAGACUACCCAGGGCAUCUUCAUCCAUACCCCUGGGCCUGAGCUGCAGAGAGUCCUGAACAUCCUUCAGACUCAGCGGAAGUUCUGCAGGGAAUUUGGGGGACGCUCGGCAGAGGCGAGGAAGAAGCGAGCAGCCCAGUGGAACGGAGCGUCUGGUGGGCGACCCCUCCGGUCUAAGAGAGGCUUGACCAUGCCCGGCACUCUGUGGUGUGGCCCUGGAGAUUCAGCUGGGAACUCCUCAGAGCUGGGGGUCUUCAAGGGCCCUGAUCUCUGCUGCCGAGAACACGACCGCUGUCCACAGACCAUCUCGCCCUUCCAGUACAACUUUGGCAUCCGAAACUACCGCUUUCACACCAUCUCCCACUGUGAUUGUGAUGCCAAGUUCCAGAAAUGCCUGAUGAACCAGCAUGACUCUAUCUCGGACAUUCUGGGCGUGGCCUUCUUCAAUGUGCUGGACACUCCCUGCUUCGUGCUGGAGCCGCAGGAGGCAUGUGUGACGUGGUACUGGUGGGGCGGGUGCCGGAAGUAUGGCUCAGUGUCCCUUGCCCGCCUCCAGCGCAGGACCCUCUACAACGCCUCCUGGAGCUCUGCUCUGAAAGCUACCCCAACUCCCAGCCUACCCCCCACCGAGCCCCGACAGAAGCAUCGGCCCUGGAAGUGGUCACCACAGCUGGCAGAACCCCAGCACCUCAGCGAAGUCCGGGUCACCGCCCUCCAGGGGGCCCACGCAGGCCUGAUAUCGAAAGCCACUGGGCUCUCCUCACCACCCUACCUUCCCCCAGGUGCCCGCCGGACCUGCCGCAGCUUCCGCCGCCUGGACCAAUGUGAGUACCAGAUCGGGCCCCAGGAGACCAAGUUCCAGUUGCUCAACAGCGCCCCCCAGCCCCUCUUCCACUGCAACUGCACACGCCGCCUGGCGCGCUUCCUAAGGCUCCACAGUCCGCCUGCUGGCAGCAACGUGCUCUGGGAACGGCUGGGCCGGACCUGCUUCAAGCUGGUGCCUCCCAUGGACUGUGGCAAAGGUUGUCCUGGGGGUCCUAAGGCCAUCAAAGUGUCAGCUGGACACUUGCGACGGCUUCAGAAGAGACGACUCCAGGUUUGGGGUGCAGACAGAGCUGAGAGGCAGGCAUGGCCUUUGGAGCCCUCAGGAGCCCCCACCACAUUCUUCAACCGGUGCCUACACCUGACUCAGGGGACCCGGACCCCCAGUGGGAAACAGAAAUCCUAGAACCAGUGA